AAAUUUAGAGGUACAACCUUAUAAAAACCACAUCUUUUUUUUUUAUGAGUAAUGAUCCUCGGAAAACCUUUUACACUCAUAUGAGUAGGAUUUCAAAAGUUGUUAAAUAGAUAAAAUCUUUUUACACUCAUGCGUGUAAAAUUUCAAAAAUUAUUAUAUAAAUAAAAUUUGAUUUUUUAAAAAAAUGUGUCAAAAUUCAACGACGAUCUUUUACGCCCAUUCGGUGAGGUAGGUCUCGUAGGAUCAUUACUCUUUCUUAUUAAUGCGAAAUUAUUCCCGCAUGGACACAACAACUUGCCCUAAUUUUUUUUUUAAUUACAUUUGCUCUCUUCAAGCGCCCCCUUAUCCAGUCAUUUUUGUGCACUCUCGUGUUAACGCACACCCCCCUCUCUCCUAGUUUCUUCUGCGACUACUAGGGAAAGCUCAUCAAUGGCGGAAUGAAUUGUUUGAAUCAAUCGCAUACCAUCCAUUAGAGCCUCUCUCAUGGCUCUUCAGUUACUCCCCUCGCCUCUCCAGAGAGACCCCAUUUCAAAUAUAUCAUCCAUAGAUCUUUCUCCUUUAAAACCCACCCAAAAACCAUUUUAUCUGUCUACCCAUCCAUCUCUCUCUUCUUCCUCUUGCUCUCUCUCUGACCUAUCAUUCUCCUCCUCCCUCUCUCCUCUCCCCCUGCAAUUCCCCACCAAGAGCCUCAAACCCAACUCCCCAUUUCUUCGUUUUCCCAUAAACGCUGUUGCUGUAAAUCCCCAAGAACUUCCCAGGAGUAGUCCUAAAAGGCUUCUAAAAGAGCUCGAAGAGAGGAAGAAAACAGUUAUUCCAAAGAAGAAAAUACCCCCAAAACGAUACAUUUUAAAACCACCACUCGAUGACCAGAGGCUUACUGCUAGGUUCUUAAAUAGUCCUCAAUUAUCUCUCAAAGCUUUCCCUCUCUUAAGUUCUUGCUUACCCUCUAAUCGCCUCAACAAUGCCGAUAAACAGUGGAUUGAUGAAUAUCUAUUAGAAGCAAAACAGGCACUUGGGUACCCAUUAGAGCCUUCUGAGGAAUUGGGGGAUGAUAAUCCGGCAAAGCAAUUCGACACUCUUCUUUAUUUGGCGUUUCAACACCCCUCAGGUGAUCGAACAAAUGCUAGGCAUGUUCGGUCGGGCCAUUCAAGGCUCUGGUUUUUGGGGCAAUAUGUCCUUGAGCUUGCUUUUGCUGAGUUCUUUUUGCAAAGGUACCCGAGAGAAUCUCCGGCUUCAAUUAGAGAGAGAGUGUUUGGGUUCAUUGGGAAGAGGAAUUUGACAAGGUGGAUCAAAGCCGCCAGCUUGCAGAAUUUGAUAUUUCCUUAUGAUGAUAUCGAUAGGAUGCUAAGGAAGGAGAGGGAACCCCCUGUCAAGUCGGUGUUUUGGGCCAUAUUUGGAGCUAUUUACUUAUGUUUUGGUAUGCCUGAAGUAUACCGGGUUCUUUUUGAGGCCUUUGGAAUGGACCCAAAAGACGAGAGUUGCCAGCCAAGACAAAGACGGCAGCUGGAGGAUGUUGACUAUGUCUCUGUAGAGUUUGAAGAGAGACAACUAAGCUGGCAAGAUGUUGCUUCUUAUAAGCCUCCACAAGAUGCACUUUUUGCACACCCAAGGCUUUUUAGGGCAUGCGUUCCUCCAGGUAUGCACAGGUUCCGAGGGAACGUUUGGGACUUUGAUAGUCGACCCCAAGUCAUGCAAAUUCUUGGAUAUCCAUUGCCCAUGGAAGAUAGAAUUCCAGAAAUAACCGAGGCUAGAAAUAUUGAACUAGGCCUUGGACUUCAGUUGUGUUAUUUGCAUCCGUCCAAAUACAAGUUUGAGCAUCCCCGGUUUUGCUUUGAGCGGCUGGAGUAUGUAGGCCAGAAGAUUCAGGAUCUUGUGAUGGCGGAGAGACUACUAAUGAAGCACCUCGAUGCUCCUGGUCGAUGGAUUCAAGAGAGGCAUCGACGCCUUCUCAUGAACAAGUUUUGUGGCCGUUAUCUGCGUGAUCUCAAACUCCACCCCUUUAUAGUCUAUGGUGAAUCUGUUUUGGACGCUUAUGAGCACAAUCGCAGGCUUAGAAACCCUGCAACCACAGCUGUUAAUCAAGCUCUUCAUGGCCUCUCUUAUGUUGUUUAUGGGAAGCCUGAUGUUAGGCGCCUCAUGUUUGAGAUAUUUGAUUUUGAGCAGGUUCAACCAAAACCAGUGUAGAAAUUAAUGUUAUUUGAGAAGGCUCUCUUCUGUAAAUUAUGAGCAUUUCAGUUUUGGGUCUCUGUUAAUUUGAUUGAAUUUUGUUUGUAUCAGAUGUUUUUUAGUUAUUCUGUUUUUGAUCUGGA